GAUGAAUACCGCUCGCUGUCUCCAGAGGUGGCUAGAGCGACCGAGGCCCAGCUGCUGCGCAAGAUCGACAUGCGGCUCAUGCCGCUCGUGGUCCUCAUCUACCUCUUCAACUAUCUGGACCGCAACUCGAUCACGCAGGCCCGACUGUACAACCUGCAGCAGGACCUCAACGUGCAGGGAGCAACAUACCAGACGGCCAUCUCUAUCUUCUCGGCUGGUUACAUUAUCAUGCAGGUCCCGUCGACAAUUAUGAUGAGCAAGUUCCAGCCUCACAUCUUCCUGUCGUCCGUCAUUGUCAUCUGGGCCAUUGUCAGCGGGUGCACCGGUGCCACGACCAACGCAGGCAGCCUCCUCGCCGUCCGCUUCGUCCUCGGCCUCGUCGAAGCACCCUUCUUCCCCGGUGCCAUCUACUUCCUCUCCUGCUGGUACAAGAAGUCCGAGCUUGGUCUGCGCAUGGCCCUCCUCGUCAGCGGCCUCCUCCUCUCCAACUGCUUUGCCGGCCUUAUCUCGGCGGGCAUCCUGUCGGGCAUGAACGGCGUCGGCGGUCUCGCCGCCUGGCGGUGGCUGUUCAUCAUCGAGGGUCUCGCAACCGUGUGCCUCGGUGUCAUCUGCUUCUUCGUCCUGCCCGACUACCCCGGCACGACCUCGUGGCUGUCCGAGACGGAGAAGAUUGUGGCCCAGGGCCGACUUGCCGCCGACGCCGGCAGCGAGGACGUCACCUCAGAAGACCAGGUCACCAUCUGGCAAGGCCUGUACUGGGCGGUCAAGGACUACCGCGUGUGGAUCUUUGCCUGCCUGCAGAUGGCCACCACCAUCUCCAUCUCCUUCUCUCACUUUUUCCCCACCGUCAUCCAGCAGCUCGGCUUCAAGAACUCGACCACCGUGCUCCUGCUCACGGCCCCGCCGUACCUCUUCGCCUUCUUCUGGGCCGUCUCGUUUGCCUACGACGCCGAUCGGAGACAGAAGCACUCCCCGCACGCCAUCAUCUCCUCGGUGACCGCCAUCGCCGGCGUGGUCUGCACCAUCGCGCUGCCCGGCAGCGCGCAGUGGCCCAAGUACGGCCUCACCUUCAUCAUCUGCGCGGGCACAUUUGGCAUCUACUCGACGACGUACACCUGGCUCUCGUCCACCAUUGUUCAGCCCCGGAUCAAGCGCGCCGCCGCCAUCGGCGUCGCCAACACCCUCGCCAACACGGCCUCCCUGGUCGGCAACUACCUCUGGCUCGACCAGUUCGAGCCCGACUACAGGGAGAGCUGGGGCGGCAUCCUCGCCUUCCAGUGCCUGGGCCUGGGGUGCAUCCUGUUCCUGAGGUACGCGCUCAAGAGGAAGAACCGGCAGUUUGACGAGCUGGACCAGAGGAACCUGGACGUGGUCGGCUUCGAGGCCGAGGGGCGGGUGCUCACCGAGGACGAGAAGAGGGCUGUCAGCACCGGCUUCCGUUUCAUCACCUAAUGUCGUUGCGGUGUCGUUGCGUGUUGGCGGGUCUGGUGAGAAGAGGAAGCUUGGGCAAGUAGCUUUACAUAGUACAUGACAAACAAUAAAGGCUACUACUCAUUUAUGAA